AUGGUCGCCGAUGUCGUACAUCCGAUCAUUGGCCGUGAUUUUUUUGACGGUCCCGGCCGAAACAUUGUCCUGGAUCCGCUUAAUCGAAGCUACAGCGCUCGCUCCAUCACAGCUUCUUUAACGCCAGGAACAGACUCGUCUUUCCAAUGUGCGAAAACGACAGUGCCUCUGAAUCCUGGAGCGGAACCGUUCUUUCCAAGCGAACCAACGGAGGACAACUGCACCCGUGAAGCGAAGCAACUGGUAACGGAAUAUAUUAAUUAUUUCCAAGACGUACCUUGCAGUUCGCCGGCAUUAUUUUCACCGAUUCGUAUCGACACAGGGAACAACGCUCCGGUAUUUUCUAAGGCCAGACCCCUUUUUGGCGAGAAAGCAGAAGCGGUAAAAGACAUCCUGAAAAGUUUAGUCGAAAAACAAAUUAUCGAACCAGUAAACGAUUGUGUCGAAUGGGCCUCACCUAUACACGUAGUACCGAAAGACGGCAACAG